AUGUCUAGAGAUUUGUCACCGACACCCAUAGAUGGGAAUCGCACCGAUCAAGAUCGGCCUCAUUUUGGACAUUCAGCAAAUAUUGCAGCAAAAGGCGACAAAUUCAGCAAUUUCCAUUUGUUUGGACUCUCCAAUUCUUUCCCUCAGUCAGCAUCUCCGCGUGGCCGUUUAUCGUCAAGUUCUGGAUCAGACGGUGUAAACAUCGAAGAGGUCCAAACAAGUCUUGCACAGUUUGGUUCGCCACCAUCGGGUACUCUGGUCGAAGCGAGCUAUUGUUAUCACGAACCUCUCAGCCGACGGCCAACCAGCAUUCUGAAAGAGCCCUUAAUAUCCGCAAACAAGAGUCCAACUUAUGGAACUCUCAGCGACAGAGAUGUUGAAUGCGACUGGGUGAAUGUUGAAGCAGACACAGAAGGCUCAAAAUUCAUUUUGAUAAGCUCCCAAUGCUUCUGGUUGGUCUUUACGGUCGUCCUACUGGGAUAUUUCAUCGCUUGUUUCGACUCGACUUUGAUGCCAUCCAGUCACCCUGUCAUUACCUCUUGCUUCGGAGCUUCACAGUUGGCGUCAUGUUUGAGUACUGUAUUCCUCAUCACUAGUACGGCCUUCCAACCUUUAUUUGGUCGCCUGUCGGACACGAUUGGAAGAAAACCAGUCUUCUUACUCGUCUUGGCAAUCUUCGGAUUGACCACAUUGUGGUGCGCCCUUGCUGGAAGUCUUGAGAGCUUCAUAGUAGCUCGAGCAGCAUGCGGAUUAGGCGCUGGGGGCACCAUGUCUUUAGGUCUGAUCAUUGUGAGCGACCUCGUCCGCAUUGAAAACCGUGGGGUAUUCCAGUCACAUAUCAAUCUUGCCUUCGGCUUGGGUUCAGCAUGUGGCGCUGCUCUUGGUGGAUGGCUUUGCGACAGUCUUGGGUGGAGGUGGGCAUUCGGUCUGCAGGUACCCGUCAUAUGCCUGUGUUUCGUUCUGGCUAGCUCCUUUACGCCAUCGAUUGACGGUCCAAAGUUGAGAGGCGCUGAGGAAGGCGGCAGAUUGCUCGCAUUUAAGACGUUCGACUGGUUGGGAUCCGCCUCACUUAUUUCUGCGAUCACUUGUUUCAUCUUGCCGCUGAACUUAGGAGGCAACAUAUUCCCUUGGACCUCGCCAUUGGUGGCAGCAUCCUUCGCCGUCGCUAUUAUUGCAUCAUGUGUCUUCACCCGUGUCAAGAAGAGGGCGAGCCAACCAUUGAUGCCUCUACACCUCCUCUGCAGAGCGCCGGUAGCCAACAUGGUAUUUGCGAAUUUGUUGGGAGCUAUUGCCUCUAACACAGUCUUGUUCAACGCGCCACUAUUUUUCCGGGCUGUCCUGCUUACUUCUGCUUCCAGUUCUGGCUUUCGGCUUGCGGUACCGAGCCUGGUUGGGUCUCUGGCGGGUGUAUCAACAGGAUAUAUUAUCACUUACACAAGACGGCUCAAGCCCACGUUGGUAUUCGGGAGUCUCAUGUAUCUUGUCGGGUCAGUGGCUAUCCUUUUCAUGAGUAAAAAGAUGUCGGCCACGAUGAGUAUGGUCCUCAUCACCGGGGUACCCUUGGGACAAGGUUUCAUAUUUCCCAACACAAUGAUGAGCGCCCUUGUGGUGUCUGAUCAUGCCGACCAAGCAGUGGUGACAACAACAAUCGGACUGUGGCGGAAUUUGGGAGUAGUUCUAGGCGUGGCUAUUUCCAGUCUAGUCUUCCAGACCAGCUUGCUUCCAAACCUGAAGAGGUAUGUGGCGGACGAUGCGAUUUCUCGCAAAGUAAGAUCUUCUGUGCAGACGAUUGAAUCCCUUGAACCGCGGAUACAAGGACAAGUAAUUGAUGCAUAUGCUGCAUCGUUGCGGAUCACCUUUUUCUGCGCGGUAUUUGCUUCGGUUCUUAUUUUGAGUCUUAUUGUGCCCAUACACCUGCCACGGCUGCGUAAAGGGAGAGAGGUAGUCGUGAGCGGAGGAGAGUGA